CUCUCCAAACAACUGACUGCUCUCAUCUCCCAUGGCUCCGUAAUAUUUGUGUGUGUGGGGGUGUGUUUUUAUCUCCCUGUCUGUGUGUGUUUGAGAAAGUGAUUCAGUCUCUCUUUCUGUGCGAUGGCACUACUGCCUAAGGAGGCAGAACGAUUCGAUGGGCUAUCUCUGCUAUACUGGACUGUCAUGGGGCCUCACGGCAUCAACCGGGCCAUCGAGAGACUGGAGUUCUGCGACUGCAAGAAAGGACUGGGGGUGAAGAUCAUCGGUGGCUACAGAGAGCAGACACGUGAGGAGUUUGGGAUCUUCAUCAAGCGGGUGUUACCGGGAGGGCUGGCUGCUCAGGAUGGGAGGCUUAGAACGGGCGACCUCAUUUUGGAAGUCAAUAAUAUGAGUUUAGGAGGAGUAACCAACGAGAGGGCGGUGGAUAUCCUCCGGUCAGCAUCAGCCUCCAAUCACAUGUCUCUGAUGGUUGCCAGGGACGAUGAAAGCAGGCGGGAGUUCAUUGAGUUGAUGAAUAAGUAUGGCUCCCACAGCAGUUUUAAAGGAAGCUCAGGGAGGGUCUCCCCUACACAGCUCUCUACAGGAGGCAAGACAGACACGGCCUCCUCCUCUUCCUCCUCCAGAUCUACCAGUCCCACCAGCCAGCUCUUCAGUCCUAAAGAGGGGGUCACAGGACCUCCCUAUACCACUGGGCCCCCCUAUACGUCAAACCCCAACACAGCCCCUACACAGCCCGUCUUCAAUGACAGCAUCAUUCAGUUGAUAUGCAUCUCAAAAGGAACAGGCCUGGGCCUCAUCAUCAAGGGCGGAGCUAACCGAGCCGAGGGACCAAUGGUGUUGAUUCAGGAAAUAGUGCCUGGAGGAGACUGCCAGAGGGACGGUAGACUACAGCCAGGAGACCAGCUGGUAUCGAUUAAUAAGGAGUCGUUAAUCGGAGUGACUUAUGAGGAGGCUAGAAGUAUCCUGACACGCACCAAACUCAGACCAGACCCUACGGUGGAGAUAGCGUUUAUGAGACACAGGACUUCCACCAGUUCUGCUUCCUCCAGCAGUGGUCCCCAGGGUCCUUUCACCCCACAGGGCGCAGCCAGUGGAGCCUCCUCAGUGCCCCCCACCAGGAGAGGGACCCUGGCUGUACUGGGGGCCCUGCCUCCCCCUCGGUCACUGCUCCAGCACAGGAGAACCACGCUCCCUGCAGCCCUCCCUGGAGCUCCCCUGGUGGUACCCAAGAUCACCUCCACCCUCAACCCCGCCAGCGAGACCCUGCCUUCUGUCAACCUCAGCCAGGUGCGAAUGAGGACAGAACAGACGUGUGUCUCCUCCCCUCCUCAGAGUCCCAGCACCACAGACGCCAAGCCUGAAUCCUCCACUGUAUGGCAGCCAGUCAGCAGUCUCGUACCACAAAGGAAGUGCUCCUCAGCUCCAUCUGUCGCCUCAAACUGGAGAGGCUGGAGCAGGCUCUGGAUGCAUUGGGACUGAAUCCUACAGAGGCACAGAGACAGACGUUGAGGGCCAGACUACAAACAGACCCUGCUGGGACAGUGGCCUACGCAGACUUUGAGACGCUGACGCGGGAGCUGUUCAAACUACAGUUUGAGGAGUCAGAGGUGGGAGGUCAGAGGUUAAAGUUUGUGUCAGAAGACCUCUCCAGCCUCCUAGAGUCACCCAC